GGGUAAGGACAAUAAAAGAGGAGCCCAAGAACUACUCAAGCACCACCUGUCUUAAUUCUCAUAACCCUGCUCCGGAGGUAGUACAGCCCCAUUUUGUGGGAGGAGACUCAGUGGAUAUGAAUCUGAGCAAACUCGGAGAUGGUGAAGGAAGGCGAGCCUGGCGUGCCGUAGUCCGUGGGGUCACGAAGAUUCCCACACGACUUAGCGACUGAACAGCAAGUGGCUGGAGAACUGGGGCAGAUUAAGGCGCUGGGCCAAGACCACAGGGGAGAGCCUGCUCUGGAUGCGGGGUGUGCCCACCACGGGAGAUUCAUCUGGGGAAGAUGAACCACUCGGUGAGGAGGACCUGCCCAGUGAAGAGGAUAUGCCUGGAGAGGAGGACUCACCUGGAGAAGAGGACCUACCUGGAUUGAAGACGGACGCAGGAGAAGAGAAUUCUCUGAAGUCAGAGGAUCUGCCGACCGUUGAAGUACCCAGGGACACUCAAGGCCCCCAGAAUAACGCCCACAGAGACGAAAAAGGGGAUGGCCACAGUCAUUGGCGCUAUGGAGGCGCUCCGCCAUGGCCCCAGGUGUCCCCAGCCUGCGCUGGCCGUUUUCAAUCCCCGGUAGACAUCCGCCCGGAGCUCACCGCCUUUUGUCCAGCCCUGCGACCCCUGGAACUCCUUGGCUUUGAGCUCCCGCCACGACCAAAACUGCGCCUGUGCAACAAUGGCCACACCGUGCAGCUGAGUCUGCCUUCUGGACUGAAGAUGGCCUUGGGUCCCGGGCAGGAGUACCGGGCCCUGCAGUUACAUUUGCACUGGGGGGCCCCAGGUCGCCCGGGCUCGGAACACACGGUUGAUGGUCACCGUUUUCCUGCCGAGAUUCACGUGGUUCACCUCAGCACUGCAUUUGAGGAAUCUGACGAGGCCUUGGGGCGCCCAGGGGGCUUGGCCGUCUUGGCCGCCUUUCUGCAGGAAGGCCCAGAAGAAAACAGUGCCUAUGAACAGUUGCUGUCACGUUUGGGAGAAAUCACCGAGGAAGACUCUGAGACUUGGGUCCCAGGACUGGAUGUAUCUGCGCUGCUGCCCUCUGACCUCAGCCGCUACUUCCGAUAUGAGGGGUCUCUCACCACACCCCCCUGUGCCCAGGGGGUCAUCUGGACUGUGUUCAACCAGACAGUAAAGCUGAGUGCUAAGCAGCUCCACACCCUCUCUGACUCCCUGUGGGGACCUGACGACUCUCGGCUACAGCUGAACUUCCGAGCCGCGCAGCCUUUGAAUGGGCGAAUCAUUGAGGCCUCCUUCCCCGCUGGUGUGGAUGGCAGCCCUAGGACUGUUGAACCAGGUGCCGCUUUGUCUACUGAUGCUGGGCCCCCCUCCAGCCACAGGGCCCUCAUCCUCUCUUGUCUGUCACUGGUGGUCACAGGCCCCAGCUCUAACAUCUGCUUUUUCUCUUCAGUCCACCUGAAUUCCUGUCUCGCUGCUGGUGACAUCCUGGCCCUGGUUUUUGGCCUCCUCUUUGCUGUUACCAGCAUUGCCUUCCUUGUGCAAAUGAGAAGGCAGCAAAGGUAUUAUACCGAUCCUCUCCCUCAGGCCCCUCCCCCACCUCCCCAAGUGGAGUCCAGAGCAGCUCCAUGCAAACUGCAUGCAAAUGAGCUCAUCCCUGGUGAGAUUUCUGAUUAGGCUUCCCUGUUGUGUAGACACCCAAGUGAAACCAAAGGGAGUGUUAGCUACCACCCAGCAGAGGUCACAGAGACUGUUGCCUAGAGGCCUGCCACUUGGAGAACAUGCAGAGAAGCUGGUCAGAGGAAUCUGAAGGGCAGCUGAAGACUCUGUCCUGUUCCCUAUACCACUUCCUUUUAAACCUCCAAAGAUUAUUUUUAAAAAUGAAUAUUUCUAAUAAAACCUGUGGAAAGCAAAUCCUUGUCUCCUAAAUAAAAAAGAUGGUGCAUUCAUUACUGCUGCUAUAACAAACUACCCCAAACUUAAUGGUAAUGGAAAUUUAUUCUCUUAGAGUUCUAGAGGUCAGAUGUCCAAAAUGAAUCCUAUGGGCUAAAGUCAGGGUGUCUUCAGGGAUGGUUCCCUCUGGACACUCUUGAGGGGAGAAUAUUUUCCUGCCUUUUUCAGCUUCUAGAAGCC